ACUAAUAUGACAUUUACCACGGUUCAUAGAACUUGAAUGAUAUCCUCGCUAUUUCGUUAAGAACCACAAGACUGCAUCACAAUAAUGCACAAUGGAAGCAGGCUCCGAUACUCAGUCUGAUGUAGACCUAUUAAUAUUGGACUACCUACUUUGCAUCUCUAUAUACAGAUUGGUAUACACCAGCGGAGUGGAGCAGCCCAACGAAUGCGACCUCGAUUGGCAUAUUAAUACAGUACACGCUUUUGAGUCAUUUCUUCCACACUCUGGACUACUUCCUGAUGACAUUCAAGUCAAGGUCCAAUUAUUUAAAUUUGCCAAUGCCCUCCGAUAUUAUCCAGAUACACGUAAUACUUCUCAAGCUCGCGAACCCCGAUUAAGUUCUAGUAAAUAUUGGUCAGAAGAAAAAUCAAUUUCGCUUUCUGAGUUAGCGGGGACGUUCAUCACUCUCUGCUACACUAUUGGUGCCAGGCUAUCAGAAGCGACGUGGGCUGAUACAGCAGCACAAUUUGUCAUGCAGGCUGCAGUCGAAGAGUACCGAAAGUCCGAGUCCUCGGCUUCUCUCAGCAAGCAUAUCACCUGGGCCAAGAACAUCUCAGAUCAAACGGCAAGCAAGAACAAAGCGUUUACAGACUGCAUGAGCUAUCUUCAGCCACCAGAUGGGACAUCUGUCAAUGUUCACAUGCGUACUAUUUCCGCGAAGUUCCCCAUUAAUAAGUUCAAAUGUGCGGUUUUCGACACGUUGGUUAAAAUCAUGAAGGUCCUUGAGCCACCUAUACUGAUUCAGCUCGAACGUGGGCAGCUCUGGGGGUUGAGCCGCGCGGAGACGAAGCAAUUGAAGGAUAGGGUAGGACUCAAAUAACAAAACCCCACCAAGCCAUGCACACUAGUGAAAGCGGGUCAUUGGUUUGAAAAGGUACGGUACACACAGCGGGGCAAAAGUCCCACGACCUAAGAAAGCUACAAUGCUCAAGGUUCUUGAUUAACAUGGAAUUGAUAAUAUAUAUCUUGCACACAAGGUGGUUAAUCUACAAAAUAAAACAUAUAUGCCAUGGGGCAGGUGUUGGGAGUAGAAAGAAGCAUAGUUAGCAAAGCUACUGGGCCAAUGAGCAGAGCACAGACGUUUAGCCGAGAAGCAUGCGGCGAGGAUCUUCAAUGUACUCCUUGACCUGCAUUGAACUGCGCUUAGUGAUGGGUUCAAAAGCCUCAAUUUGAGGGGUAGGGAACAAACCUUGACAAGGAAAGUAACAGC